AAUCGAGUUGUUUGUGCGGUGUGCAAUCGGGUAGACGGGUAAUCGGAUUGAUUAAAACUCGCUUUCGAACAAUCGACGGUGCGCAAUAAAACCCUAACGAGUGUCGUAAAUGUUCCCCGCCGGCUUGGGUGCUUAAUUAAGGUGAAAUAUGGGCGCCGAGUGUAAUUACCUAUUAUAAUUAAUGCGUUUGCUUGUGCUUGUCACCGUUGCAUUUACCUACGAAGCACAAAUCAGUCGCCUUUUGUUCGUUUAUCGCGUUAAGACCAAACGUAAGUUAAAUUUACUUAGUUAUUUAUAAUCUUCAGUGUCUAGAUAAACAUUUCGGUGAUAUCUCGAACUUGAAAAACAGAUUUCAUACCGCAUACCGUUAUCUAUUUUAUAAACUUGUUGUUCGGCGAAUGUGUGUCACUGUCUAGUAAUUGCUAGGAAUUCAAAGGAACACGGAAAUUAUUAGUUAUUAACUACGAUGGGAGUCAUCGAUUACAUCCGUUUGUUUUUCGACCUCGUGGUGGAGUUCGUCUUCGGUCUAUUUUAUUCCAAGGAGGUCGUACCAUCAGUGAAGGAUGACUUACUCUUGAUGAGCGCGACGCAAUUAGCAAAGGGUAUACGCACGAAGAAAUUCACUUCGCAACACGUGGUUCGUGCGUAUCUUGCACGCAUCGAAGAGGUCAACAGAACGCUCAACGCUGUUGUGGACAUACGCGCUAAAGAUGCGAUAGCGGACGCCAUCUCCAUCGACGAGCGGAUUCCACACAUGUCGCCCGCAGAAUUUAAAUCAUUACCUUUUCUUGGCGUACCUUUCACUGCUAAGGAAUCGACAUUGUGUGAGAAUAUGUCUGCUACAUUUGGGUUGAAACAAAGACUGAAUGUCCGCUCGGAUCAAGAUGCCGUAGUGAUUCAAAAUAUGAAAAGAGCUGGAGGUAUCCUUAUUGCUGUUACGAACGUACCACAGUUGAAUCUGUGGGUCGAGACACAUAAUCCUGUCUAUGGACUCACCCGCAAUCCGUAUAAUACCUCAUGUGCGGUGGGUGGAUCAUCCGGAGGUGAAGCAUCCAUUCUUGCCGCAUGUGGGUCACCAAUUGGUAUUGGAACAGAUAUUGGUGGUUCUAUCAGAAUACCUGCUUACAUGUGUGGAAUUUUUGGACAUAAAUGUUCCAAUGGUCUUACGGAUACUAAAGGUUUAACUUUCCGGGACGGAAGUGAAACGGAGCACACCAUGGUGGCCAUUGGACCAAUGUGCCGCAAGUCGGAGGAUCUUAUUCCAGGAAUCAUAGCUCUUCUCGGUAAAAAGGCCGAUCUUUUGAACCUCUCCGUUCCAGUAGACACCAGGAAACUUAAGUUUUACUACAUUGAGAAAAAUAGUGACAUAAGAUGUUCACCGAUUCGCGCUGAUGUCGAAUACAUCAACAAAAUGGUUGUAAAUCACUUCCUAAAGGACAGGACCGUUGAAAGACUAGAAGUACCUAAACUGAAAUAUUCCUCUGCUUUAUACAAAUACUGGAUGGAACAAGAAUGCGGUGGAUUUAGGUCGGACGUGACAAAUCGUACCUAUGAGGCAAGCGCUGGGUCUGAACUAUGGAAAUAUUUGACCGGACGUUCGGAGUAUUCAUUUAGUGUAGUCCUGGUCUUAAUGAGUUUGCAGUGGAUGCCCUCACCAAAUGAGGAAUGGGCCCGUGAAACCACACAGGAAAUCCGGAAUUAUCUUAUGGAUAAAUUGGGCGAUGAUGGCGUUCUGCUUUAUCCUUCGUGGCCCCAAACAGCAACUUAUCAUCACGUUGGCUACUUUAGACCAUUCAACUAUUCGUACACGAGCAUCUUUAAUCUGCUGAAGUUCCCCGUCACACAAGUGCCUCUAGGACUAAACAAAGAUGGCCUCCCUGUUGGAAUUCAAGUAGCGGCCGCACCAAUGAAUGAUCGACUGUGCGUCGCUGUUGCAAAGGAACUGGAGCAGGUAUUUGGUGGCUAUGCUGUGCCGCAAUCAGCAAAUGUGAAGAAAUAAACCAGUGAAUUUAACAUUUCUAUGCAUAAGAGUUAAUGAGACUCCGAACAUAUUUUUUACAAAUUAUAAUACACAUUUCAAGGGAAACAAUAA